AUGUCCUCUAAACCUAAAUCUCCUAAAGAUCCUCGUAAGGCCAGCAGAAGACAGAAGACAGAAGAAACUAUAACUGGGUCACCUGUAAAACGACUAUCGGACCUUCGACGCGAGACAAACGUGAACACUACAGCUCAUAUCCGAGCACCAAACACAAUUAAAAAGUACGAAGAAUGGUUAGAGGAGUUUCUGGAUGCUGAGGAAAAGGCAAGAGAUUGUGAUGAAAACGAAGAAGAUGAAGAUGGGAGUGAAUUCGAGGAAGAUAGGAGUACAGCUGCACUCCGACAAACUGCAUCUGAAUUUCGAGGCUGCCUCGAUGGGAAACCCAGAGAAUCCACUCCUGAGGCCAUUGCUAUGUUCACGUCUUGGAAAUGCUAUACAGAAGGUAGAAAGAUAGCCACUGCAAAUCAGAUUCACGCUGCUUUCAAAUAUUACUAUACCCACUUGAAUGGUGACAAGUACCGGGGGCCUUGGCGAUAUGAUGGAGCUCAGCGAGAGUGGGUUGGAAACCCUUGCGAUGCAGCACAGGUGGCAGAUCUGCAUGAUGGGUGCAAACGUAAAGAUGGCGAAGCUGAACGGCACCAUUCCAUGCCUGCCAGCAUUAUUGUUAUGGAGAGACUCUAUGCGUACUCAAUUACGAUCUGCCCAGACGACUAUCCUGUUGCUGAUGUCAAAUCACUUGCCUUGAAGACCAGCCAUUUACGAUUUCGUGCAUAUGCUUCUCUCGGAUUUACAAUAUGGACCAGGAACAGCGAGACAUCUAACCUGCAAGCAAAACAUAUUGACCGCAAUCCACUUCCGAGGCCAGGUGCAACUCCGAGUGACCCACCAUUUAUCCAGAUCAACCUAAGGGAUCGCAAGAACUGGCAAAAGAAGCAGGGAAAGAAUGAAACACAGCUAAAUGGACAUCGCUACAAUUUAUAUCCUCAGAAAAUCCGUGCAAUAUGCGCUUACACACACCUAUUGAUUUGGAUGAGCUUUAGUGAGCAGUACAUUCUCCGAAGAAAAUAUGCACCCGAAGACUAUAUCUUUCCCAAUAUCAAUGCGAACGGUAUCACAAUUCAGAAUAAACCAGUAACGCCAGAAGCUGUCCAGAAAAUGAUCAACGAGUUCACCACGGCUGCUGGUGUACCUGGGGCAUUUACGACCCAUUGUUUCCGCCGUGGGGGCGCACAAUAUCGCUUCAUGUUUGCCCCUGUUGGUGAACGCUGGACUCUUGCACGUAUCCGAUGGUGGGGCGGGUGGGCACCGAAUGAAAAGCGUGAUACAUUAAUAUGGUAUCUAUUGGAUGAGCUGAAUACAUACGAAGAGGAUCACAGCGAUGCUCUAGCUCCAGUUGACCGGAGAGCCUCCGAAUCUCAUGCUGGCGAGGCAGCUGAGAUGGGUCCAGUAUCUGCAGCUGAAUGUCGUAACCUUUUUCAAAUGCAAUCCUUCUUCAUCCAAAAGACGGUCAAGAACGAACAAAUAGGCUCCGUCCCUGGCUAUCGGCAUAUCAAUGGCACAAACAUCUCUUCCAGCUUCAUCUACCCAGCUAUCCAUUCUACCAACAGUGCUUCUAUUCCCUCGGAAAUCUACGCUCCUUCUCCUCCGUUAAUUCCAGCCAGCAGAAAUCCCCAGACAACAUAUAUUCAGGCAUCGUCAAUGUCAUCCUCUCCACCUGCAUUUUUACCAGGCCUUGAACACCUACCUACUAUUCCAAAUAUACGUCCUGGCCCUGAAGGUUGGAAACAAAUAAUUCAUGACUGGGAACAUGCAGACCCGGACCGUCACCAUCACUAUGCACUUCGAGAUUGGAAGACAGAAUGGGCAAAGGCAACAAAACUUGCAUCUAAUUACAAUAAACGCAAGCUUAUUGCAACUGAAUUCAUCGAAGAGUUUGAGCGUGAUGAAGAGAAAUUCAAGCUUGCAUAUCCCUCAUGUAAGAAGGGAAUCGAACAGCUGCUACAUGAGAUUCGUAAGUCUCGUCAAGAUCGAGGCCUCAUCAAACAGCGUAGAGGCAAGCAUUUGCGAAACCUUGAUUAA